AUGGCUUUGCAUUUUUCCGCUGCUGUUAUUGCUCGUAUGCAACGCUUUGCUGAUGAUAUGACUGUUCCUUCUGAACAUGCCGUCUUGUUCGAAAAAGUCGCGCCUGGGUUCCCAUAUAUGAAGGCAGGCGUCGCGCAAGUGCUAUCUGAAUCUCAUCUACCGUGUCUUCAGUGUAUUGAUAAUGCUUAUCCUCCUGCAUUGCCAUUCGACCUCCCGAUGUUCCAGCAAGUCGUCAACAGCCUAUGGUACAAUGUAAUCGGAACUAAGACGUCGCCACCAACUACCAUGCCAUUGAAGUUAUAA